AUGGAUACUGUACAUCUCUCAGGCUUGUCAGACAGCGCCACAGCAGCUGCAGGUGCCAAGGUUUAUGGCAACAUGACCCUAAGUGCAGACUGUGGCUUGAUCGACAGCCUGGGUACCAACCUCGCCAUCGACCUCAGGGCGGAGCUGGCCAGUGCCUUCGGGGUCUCCAGUGCUGACAACAUCAACAUCACCAACCUCAGCAGCUGUGAGUCCUCAUCAGUCACUGUAAACUACGUGGUCCGGCUCCCAGCCAAAUCUUCGGAUUCCUCCGUCACCGAUGCCGCUGCUGCCACUGCCAGUAGCCUCAGCUCACACAUCAGCAGCGACUUCACGUCCCAGUGGGGAGCCGUGACCGCAUCACAUCUGGAGGGCAUUAUUGUAACCCCCACCGCUACACAGCAGCAGCAGCAGGAGCAGCCCGAAUCUUCAGCAGCAACUGACUCACAAUUGGAGGCCACAAGCACUACGGCAGCCAAAGGCGGCCACCAGCCCACCACUACCAAGGUGGCGCUCAUUACCACGCUAUCGGGUAUUGCAGGAGUCGCUGUCCUGGUUGCAGUGGUCAUCGUCAGCGUAAAAUUGGCCAGGGCUAGACGCGAGAUGAGGACAGUACCUGUGAUCAGCACACCAUCACCUGCCUGUCGUGCAGCAGCUCCUGCAUGGGUAUAGGCUCUCUUACUCGUCUAUGUGCUCGGACAAUUAUGAAGAUUCACACAUUAGUGCAUAUUACCCGCUGCAUGCAUCACACAGGUUUAGGGUAAACACAAGUGUUUGUGGCGCCAGCAGGGUUAGUAGUAUGUCAUCGUUGCAAUUCUGUAUAGUAUGCUUUAUAGUUGUGUCCAUACACAUACAUGCAGGCCCUGUGGUCACAUUCAACCAACUAUGUAGACGCCUCGUACAUGCAUAUAUGAUGAUAUGUGGGAUAGGGGGGCAUAUCUUCAUUUUUCACCGUGGCCGGUACCUACCGAAACCCUGACCAGUAUUUUUGGGGCACAUUCAAUCACACUCUAGCCGACUAUACAGUGGAUCACUCCUGGUCAGCUCGCAGGUCCUACUUAUCCCAGGUCCACCACCGUCCAUAAUUAGAGGCACUCUCUGUAGUGAGUAGUAGGAUCGAGGUACGAACAAUACUUAGCGGAAACUAUUAUACAGUUUGUAUCGGCUGGUUGGUUCUUGACAACCAAAUGUCCGCCUAGACGGAACUAACCGGAGGAAGGAUACACCCUUGUUGGGGUACGGCUGUACGAUAGUACGGCAGGAGUUGUUCCGCCUAUAUAGGUUACAAGGAAUUGUAAUAAGGAUGUGUUAGUCAUUACCGCCAUUAACGGAAUACUCAUAACAUUCUCCCCCUCUUAAAGUCUGCUCGUCCUCGAUAGACCCACUUCAAUUCCGCCGCCACAUGUAAGAAUAAAGCAGU